CUCAUCGAGGAGGUUUUGUCGAUUGCAAAAGCAUCGGAAAGUUGUGGGAGAAAGAUAUAGAAAAGAUGAAGAAAGAAGACACCGUAAAGCUCAUCAGUGCAGAGGGUUUCGAAUUCGUCAUCGAUAAGAAUGCCGCCAUGGUUUCUCAAACCAUCCGUAACAUGCUCACUUCUCCAGGCGAUUUUGCGGAAACCGAGCAUCAAGAAGUGACUUUUCCGGAAAUAAGCACCACCAUUCUGGAGAAAAUUUGCCAGUACUUUUACUGGUCUCUUCAAUAUGCUAGUGGGAAGGAGACUGAAUUCCACAUUGAACCUGAAUUGACACUGGAAUUGAUGAUGGCUGCUAAUUAUCUGCACACUUGACAAAUCUCCUGAUUGGAAGCAUCUUGUUCUUGACCAUGGAUCAAGAAUGCUUGAGGAUGGUUUGUGAAAAUCAGCACGUGUGUAGGUGGAAGGAGUUAUGACCAAAGUGGCAGAUGUUUUUUUAUUGUAGUUGUAAGACAUGUGUUAGGAAUUGCAUAUCCAUAAAAACAUAGGAACAAUAUGUUUGUUUGAAUCUUGGUUAUAUGUGUAAUUGUUAUUGUGCUUGUAAAUACUAAAUAAUGAAUUGUUGAAUAACACAGAAGUAGUACUAGUA